AUGGCCGGGGCAGCCUCAUCGCCCAGCGCGCUGGCCGCCUGGACCUGCCCGCUGACCGGGCAGCUAUUCGUGGAGCCGGUGCUCUACCUGGCCCCAAACGACGGCGCGGCGCAGAUUUACGAGCGCGCGGCAUUGGAACAGCAGCUCGCGUCGCUCGGCAUCACCGGGGACGACCGCGGCCGCCUCGUGCCCGUGGAGGCCGUCCGGUUCGCCGUCGAGGCGGCGGUCGCGCGAGGUGAAGCGCCAGCCCCGGCGCGGGAAGCGUGGAUCGGCGGCGCGCUCGCGGCGGCGGCGCGCGCUGCCCUGCAGACGCACGACCUCGGGUCCCUGCGGCGCGUCUGCGCCGCGGCGGCGGCCGCCGGCGACGCGCUCUCCAAGGAUGGUGCGGCCCUUUUCGUCGAGGGCCUGCCCGCGGAGCUGCGGGACGAGGCGGAAUCCAUCCUGGAUGCGAAGCAAGUCGACGUGACGCCGCUCCAGGCGCGCGCGCGCGGACGCAUCGAACGGCGGCGCCACGCGGAGCGCAUCGCCUUCGCUCUGCGCUGGAGCGCGCGCCGCGAGCGCCACACGACCACGCCGCGGUCGACGCGGCGCAUCUCGUGGGACCCGGACCUGUCGCGCGAGGCGCCGUUCCCGUCGCCCCUGGCCGAGACGCCGCACCGCGACUGGCCGCUGCACGCGGCGACCUCGGCGCCGGCGUCGCCCGAAGCCGCGACGGAGACGCGCGGUCGCUUCCGCGUUUCAAGAGGCGCCGACGUCGUGCCGACGCCGCCGCCGACGCCGCCUCCGCCCCGCAAGCGGCCCUCCUGCGCCGCCACGCCGCCGGCGCCGCCCCGCGUGACGACGCCCCGCUCCCUGACACGCUUCCAGGCCGCGCGGCGCGCGGCCCAGGCGUCCGACAAGGCGGCAUCGACGCUCCAGCGCGCCUGGAAGGCGCACCGGCCGGCCGCGCCCGAGCCCACCGAACCCACAGAGCCUUCGCCGCCGACGGGCCGCCGGGCGCGCACCUCGAUGACGGGCCGGCCCGUCACGCGCCGGACGCCGCGCAAGCGCGCGCCCGUCUGGGCCUCGCCGGACGGCGCCGAGGCCGCGGCCGCGGCGGCCGCCGGCCGCGCAGCGACUGCCGCUGCGACUGCUCAAGCCGCGGCGCGGGAGGCCGCGACCGCCGCGGACGCCGCCGAGGCCAUCGAAGAGAUCGUGGGCGCCGUCCUCGACACGGUCGCGGACGAGCCCUCGGACGUCUCCGCGGACGCGCCCUCGGACGUGCCCUCGGACGCGUCGGACGCGCCCGUGGCGCCGCUCGCGGUGCCCGAGGAGCUCGACGCCGACGAGCCCGCGCCGGGGCCCGCGACGCCGCCGGCCCGCCCGGCCGGGGCCCCGCACGCCCGGCCGGCCAAGUCGCCGCGGCCCGACGGCGAGGAGGUCGCCGACGUGAGCUACACGGAGUCCGAGCUCGCCGUGCUCUGCACGCCGGCCGCCGCGACGGCCUCGCGCGAGCUGGCGGCCGACUCCAUCAGCGCUUCGCGCGAGACGCCGCGGCCGCCGAGCGCGCGGCGGCCGCGGCGCGCUACGCCGCGCGCGCUCGCGAGCCCGCUGCGCUGCGCCACGAACGAGACCCCGAAGGUCGUCCCGGGGCCGAAGCCGGCGCUCCCGCCGCGGCCCAAGAAGAUCUCGCCGCGCUGCGUCACCGCGUUCCCGCCCGCCGAAUCGCCGCCGGCCGCCAAGGAUUCCCUGCCCCUCGUCCUGCCCGGCGGCCGGAAAUUGCCGCCCGUCGUUUAG